AAGCAUUUUUCAAAAGCUUGCAACAUUAUUUCUUAAUUUCAUGGAGUAUUAGAAUCUAUUUGUGUGAGAAAUUCAAGAAAUAAUGAAUUUAUUCAACUAAAUGUGGUUAAUAAAUGAAAGCUUAAAUAUAAAAUGAACAACCAGAGCCGAGGCCCGGCUAAGCGUAAAGUGAAGCCGGUUGAGCCGCAGUCGCUGUUAGAUUUUGAUCUUGGGGAAGGCGAGAGUUCCGACGACUCCGACUUUCGGAUAGAAGACCACCCCGAAGAGAGCGAUGAUUAUUCAAUAAACACCGAUGAUGAAGAGAAGAAAGCAGCAGUACAAAGUGAGUCCUCAGAAGAAUCGGGAUCAGACAUUGAUGAUGAAUUCAAAAACGCAACAAACAAGAUCGGAGAAGACAAGCCUGUUAAUGAUGUACUGGAAAAGUCGAAACAUAAAGAAUUUAAGUUUCCAGUUGAAUUGGCGAAUCUGUUGAUAUGUGCGGGCUGCCUAGGCUCUAGGAGUGAUGACUUCAAUGAGAUUGUUGAGUGUGAUGGUUGUGGAGUUACUGUUCAUGAAGGUUGUUAUGGUGUGUCCGACACAACCAGUGAGUCUAGUACGGUCAGCUCAGCGUCUACAGAGCCCUGGUUUUGUGAAGCUUGCAAGGCAGGGGUCACUGACCCCAGCUGUGAGCUAUGUCCGAACAGAGGUGGCAUUUUCAAGGAGACUGAAGUAGGUGCAUGGGUGCAUUUAGUAUGUGCGCUUUAUGUGCCUGGAGUGGCAUUUUCAGAGGUGGAGCGUCUGUCGGGCGUGACGCUGUUCGAGAUGGCGUACUCGCGCUGGGGGGCUCGCGCCUGUGCUCUGUGCGACGACGCCACGCUCGCGCGGACCGGCGUCUGUGUGGGCUGCGACGCCGGACUCUGCAAGACGUUCUUCCACGUCACCUGUGGACAACGCGCUGGUCUUCUAGCAGAGGCACACUCGGAAGAGGCUGAACAAGCCGAUCCGUUCUACGCACACUGCAAGUUACAUUCCGAUAAAGCUCUAGUCAAGAAACGCAAGAGGAACUGGCUUGCUUUGCAGUUGAGGACUGAAAAACGGCGAUUGGAGUUGCAAAACAAUUUAAGUACAGAAGAGAAAUUAAGAAUACAACGCAAGUUAGUGAAAUACAGGAAAAAGUAUCUAAUACAGAAGGAAAACAGAAAUCCACCGUGGGUACCAACACAGAAAAUGGCUCGACUGCUUUACAGCAGUGCAUCUGCUAUGAGAAAGUUCCAGAAAAAGGCAGAGUGUAUGGGCAUCGAUACACACGCUUUAGAGUUCCAGGAUGCACAGAUGGCAGCACUAAAAGACGUGUCUCGUCGUUGGCAUGUUCCCCCGGCCUUCUCCGUAGAGUUCGUGGGGUAUUACCUAGAGAGGAACACGAGAGUGUCCUCCCUCAGGCAGUCUCUCGAACGUCUAACUAAAGAAAACGAGAAGUUGUUGGCGGACGAUGAUAAGCUGAGACUGGAUUAUGAUGAGGCCUCAAAAGAGAACACGGACGCCCUGGCAGCAUUAACAUCAACGAGGCAGGCAUUACAGAAGAUAUACGACGCUAUAAUCGCGCUAUGUCCCAAAAGGACGCCUCCCACCAUCUUGGAAGAUAAACCCUUGGUACCACCGGAGUUGCCGCGGUCCACGCCCAAAGUGACUCCUCAGCAGCUACAGAAACGGUCUAUGUCUGUGCCAACCGCGGCUGCACUUAAGAUGGGCGUUGGUUUUCCUCUUAGCGACAACCCGGACGCUCGCCAAGGAAAAGUUUUGUCAACCUCUUUGGAAGGGUCACUGGCGGGACGCGAGUGCGCGGCAUGUGGGCGCAGCUCGGAGCAGCACCUGAUGGCUGCUUGCGACACGUGUCACCAUCACUACCAUCUGCAUUGCUUGAAGCCGCCGUUGCAACGCCCGCCUAAGAAGAGCAAGCUAUAUGGAUGGCAAUGUUCGGAAUGCGACAAAACUUCAGACUCAGAACCCGAGCUGCUCGAAAAGAAAGUACCGCGCCGCUCUCGAAUCCGCUACAGCAAAGACGGCGCCAUUAUCACGGAACCACAUAGUCCUUCGUCACCGCCUAAACCCGGCUCAGAGAAAUAUCACAAAGUGGAGAAAUCAUCCAAACUCACCACUCCUGAGAGCAUAUCGCCGAUCAAAGUGACCAUCAAACCAUUUGAGUUCAGCAGCGACGGCAAUGAGAGCUCCGAAGUCAAAUUGAAAAAGGAAAAGAAAAUAAAGAAGUCGAAACAGAGGGAUCAUGCGUCCGCGUCGGCCGGGGAGGGUGACUCGCCAAGUAAGAAGAUACAUAAACGCAGUUUCACGUCACCAACUUUGACCAACACUCCUUUAAUGUCAAUAACCCCCAUCGUCGCCGACAGCCCCAACGAUUCUCAUAACGAAAACUCAAACGCAUCCACUAAUAUUGCAUUAACCAAACGAGAAGACAGUUUCGUACCACAAAAUCUAUCAUUCUCAUCUCUUCUUGUUGAAGGUAAAGAAAGGGACAGCAAAGCUAUCGAGAGUUCAAUAGAAAGUACACUAGCGAAUCUAUCGUCGGAUAUAGCGACGUACAAAGCCAAUAGGAAGCGGAGGAAAGAAAAGCAUAGAUCUAGGUACUCGCCCGACUUGCUGCGCUCGCCUUCCAAAUCGCACAAACAUAAACGGAAGAAGAAGACGCAAGACAUGGAAAAUCCUGAUCCGCCACAUCCUAGAAUUACUAUAAAGAUCAAGCCUAUUCCUAAGCCGGACGGGUCGCUAGACACGCAAAUGUUUUAUGUACCGACCGACAGCAACGAUGGACCUCCACCCGCAGUCAUGAAAAAGUUAUCGAAGCACGUGGAUCACGAAGCUACUAAGCAGCCACCGCCGCCCGUUGAAGAAGUACCUCCUGCGAUAGAAACACCUGAUGCAUCAAUGCUUAACCCUGUGGAGGAUAAACCAGUGGAAUUGGUUGAAUCAAAACCAAAGAGAAAUCGUGGCGAGCGGUCUCGUCGCGGCGGGUCGGGCGCAAACAGUAGCGGUGCCGCGGCUGCCGCUACGCCUUUAACUCACUGCGACGUAUGCUUACAGCAAGGAGAUUAUACUAACCUUGUUAGGUGCGAUGAAUGCUCGAAACGCUACCACUUCACGUGCUUGGAGCCGCCGCUGAACAAGAAUCCCAAGAAACGAGGCUAUUCGUGGCACUGCGCAGACUGCGAUCCUACUGAUAUCGAGGAAAACAAUUGAAUCUGCUGAGUAUUGUCGACGUGGAAUAAUCUCAAAACGGUAUUAUUAAGUUCGUUUACGUACAUGUGUAUACUUUAAUCUAAGUUGGAUAUUAGUUUUUAUUUUUAUAUGUAUGGAUUAUUUUUAAAAUAUAUGUGUUGUAUUAGAAAUACAUGCUGAGAAUACUGCUUUUACAGUGAAGAUUUACUACAUAAGUAGAUAAGAUUAAUUCUAUGAAAUUAUAGACAGAUGAGGACAAACACAA